GAACACGGCAGGAUGCAUUGUCUUUAUGAGUACGAAAAGAUAUUGUUCCUUCAUUUACAUAAUAUACUUUCGAGUGACGUAACAAAGUGAUCAAUACGUUGGUAUAAAAAGGCAUCAAAUACCUCACUAGGCCGUAAUUUCGGUUUUACAAGUACUGUACAGUAUUGUAAACAAAUGACGUUGAAGUGACAUCAUCAUUUACAGUCUUAUCCAAUCGGCUCUUUUUUCACAAAAGACAAUUUUGAGCAUUUGUGAACUUCGUUAAUUGUCUCGACUAAUUUUGAAACUCAAAAAAGUAUCACGUGAUCCGAAUUGGCAAAUCGUCGUUUAGUAAAUAUUUAAAACAGAUCGACGUAAAAUCUCGACGAGAGUCAAUUGGUUGAUUAGAAGGAACGAGAAACCAAUUAUCUUCAUUGUGGUAAGUCGAAGCAAUUGAGAAGUUUGGAAGCUCUCUCGUCACAAUGAAUGUAAAAACUUGUUCCUCGAUGUAUUUCGGCAGGCGGUUUUUCGUGUGAUUUGGGAAUGAACUUAGGUUAUAUCGUGGUAAUACGUAAAUACGUAUUGCAUUGAUAAAAAGUCAAAGAAAAUGGCAGAUACAAUACUUCUGGACGAAGUUAUUGACGAGAGUUACAAUGCAGACGACGAGAAUGAUUCAAUGGAAAAAGAAUUUAAAAAUGAUAAAUUGUUUACCAUGAACUAUUCUGUGGAUACAAGAAGUGAAGAAGUAAACCAAUACCAAUUGCAAAUGGAAAUGAAAUCGCCUAUUAUAGAACCUGCCGCUCUUUUAUCCAAAAAGACAAUGACUAUAUCCGAUUAUUAUAAACCAAGUAAAAAAAAUGUGCCAAAUAUCUGGGGUGGUGUAAGAAAGAGAAAUUCAAAACGAGGUAUUGAAAAACAUCAGUUAAAAGUAGUUGAAGAAAAUUUGUUAAUCGAGAGUGACGAAGAAGAAAAGUUCUGUCAAUCAGAAAAAGAAGUACAAAUUCAGAUAGAUGAAACUUUCGUUGUGCCAGAUUCUGAAUCAAUUUCCUCAUGGCGUUUUGGUGCAGCAGAAUAUUGGUUUAAUUUGUUAAAUAUUCCUGCUAAUAGCAAAAAAUGCAAUUAUGGAUUUAAUUUAAAGGAUGACGACUAUGAUGAAGAAAUAAUUGAUGAUAUACCUCUUGAAAAUUAUUUGAUGGUGAAUCAGCUACAAUGGGAAGAUGAUGUAAUAUGGGAUGGUGAAGUUAUUAAAAAUAGAGUAUUACAGAACAUGAAGAAAAAUAACACACCAUAUUGGGCCCAAAAAAUGUUAAGGCCGAAACAGCAAUGCAGCCUUACCAACCUUUGUGGACAGCAAGACAAAAGACAUGAAAAUAGGACUAUUUUACAUAAAGUGGAAUCAUUUUUAAAAAAUGAUGAUGGUAGUUGGUAUUCAAAUCUCCCUGUAGAAAAUCAAGAUUUACUUAGUGGUGAAUGGGAAAAAGAUGUCAUAUGGAACUGUGAUGAAAUGACUUCUCUUCCUGAACCUAAUAUUUUAACAUUGGAUCUAAAUGAUGAAAAUAUCAUUAUGGAAAUGCCACAUGACACAAUAGAGGAUUCUAUCAAACAGGAGCAAAUUUUAAAUGGUAAAAUUAGCAAUGGCAAAAAGGAUGUUUGGAAAUUCUGGAAGAAAGAAAUUAUUGCUCCUUAUGAACUCCCAAUAAUUCAAAAAGAUUCAUUUAAUAUUUCAAAUGAUGAAUAUUAUAAUCCAAAAUGCAUUCAAAAUUAUAAUUUAAGAUCAAAUGAAGGAAUCAUAAUUCAACAUUCAAUUCCUGCAUUGGAACUGCAUCCUGCUUUUUAUCCUCCUAAUAUUACUGAAGCUGUAUUGAGGAAUUUUCAUCGACCUGUGUUGAAGCCUUAUUAUCGAGGUCCUCUGUCAAAAUCCAGAAGUCAUGAGGUUAUAUUUCUGAAAAAACACAUUAAGCAAGUAGCUGAAAUGAGGGAGAGAGAACGUGAAGCAUCAGGUGGUGGAGACAUGUUCUUUAUGAGAACAAUUAACGAUCUAUCCAGUAAAGAUGGGAAACUUAUUUUUGCAGAAUAUUCAGAAGAGUUUCCUCCAUUAAUGAUGAAUAUUGGAAUGGCUACAAAAAUUAAAAAUUAUUAUAGGAGGAGACCAGGAAAAGAAAUAGCUCCAACAUUUAAGUAUGGAGAGCCAGUGCAAUUUAUUCAUACAUCACCAUUCCUAGGUCAUUUGAAACAAGGACAGAGUUUGCAAGCAUUUGAAAAUAAUUUAUUUCGUGCACCACUUUAUGAGCACCAAAUGCCAAAUACAGACUUUCUAAUUAUAAGAACUCAACAAGGUUAUUAUAUUCGGGAAGUAGACACUAUAUAUGUAGUGGGACAAGAAUUACCAUUGAUGGAAGUUCCUGGUCCGAAAUCUAAGAAUUCAUAUCUUUUUACAAAAGAAUUUUUGCAGGUUUUUAUUUAUCGGCUUUUCAAAAUGAGUACAGAUCAUCCACCUCGAUGCAAACUUGAAGAUAUUAAAAGAGCUUUUCCAUGUUAUUCUGAAAGUAGUAUUAGGAAACGGCUGAACCAUUGUGCUGAAUUUAAAAGAACAGGUAUUAACUUAUUAUACCACUUAUAUUACAUUAAUUUAUAUAUUCUCAAGAUUUCAAUGACGGUGGAGAAGAUUGAAAUAUACAGAAGUAGUAUAGGAGAAGGCUGUUUAAAUGCGAGGGAUGCCGAGAGCCUGCCUUCGGCAUGGAAGUACUUGGAUGCAGGUUAUGGAGAGAAAUUGAUAUUUACUGAAGAUGAAAAUGAAGAAGACUUUCAAGGAAAAAUUGAUGAUGAAAUAAAAGCUGCACCUUGGAAUACAACUAGAGCAUUUAUUAUGGCAAUGAAAGGAAAAUGCUGUUUAGAAAUAAAUGGUGUGGCAGAUCCUACAGGUUGUGGUGAAGGAUUUUCAUAUGUGAGAUUACCAAACAAGUCUUUAAUGUCUGUUAAAGAUGAAAACAACGCUUUCCCAAAGAAGCCAAUCGUUGGUACUGAUGCAGAUCUUAGGAAAAUGUCACAGAAGAAAGGCAUACAGUUAUUACGUUCUUGUGGAUGCUCAAUUGAAGAAACUAAAGAUUUAAGUCGUUGGGAAGUAUUACAUCUCAUCAGAGUCUUGACUUCUAAUGAAGAAAAUAUGGAAGAAUCUGAAUUGAAGAAGUAUGCUCGAAAACCGAGACCGACAAUAACAGACCAAUUAGAAAAAUAUGCCAAAGAAUGUCAGAGAAUUUUUGAAAUCACUAAAGAUUUAAGUCGUUGGGAAGUAUUACAUCUCAUCAGAGUCUUGACUUCUAAUGAAGAAAAUAUGGAAGAAUCUGAAUUGAAGAAGUAUGCUCGAAAACCGAGACCGACAAUAACAGACCAAUUAGAAAAAUAUGCCAAAGAAUGUCAGAGAAUUUUUGAAAUCCAAAAUAAAGUUUUAUCGUCAAACGAAAUAUUAUCGACCGACGAAAAUUCUACCGACGAGGACGACGACGAUAGCGAUAUUGAAGAAAUGGGUAGAAAUAUCGAAAAUAUAUUAGCCGAUAAGAAAACUUGCAAACAGAUUUCGGAAGAGCAAGAAGAAAUUCAAAGGCAGGAAUUACAAAAACUUAUGAACAAAGAUACAAACAAAUUAAAUAAGAAAAAUAAAUUAAAAAACGAAGAAACUACCAGCAAAGAAUUGAUAACGGACGAGAGUUACGAAGGGAAAAUACUAGAAAUUACCAGAACGUACAAAACUCUAGAAGGGAAAUUGUUUAACAGAGUGGAAACCGUUAAAAAACCGGAGAUCAUAAGUAGAUACAUUCAUAUAAAAACAGCCAAGGAUUCAGAAUUGGCAAGAAAAGUCAACGAGGACUUGGAAAAAGAAAAGAGAAAAGAAAUCAGGAAGGAAAAGAAGAGAUUACAGGAUAAAUUAAGGAGAAUAAAUAGAAACCAGGAACGGGGUUUCUAUGAAAUUCCGGCAAAAAGGCCGAAGAAGGAACUAAUCCCCAGCAACAUGAAGUGCGGCGCGUGCGGCGUGGUGGGUCACAUAAGAACCAACAAGAUCUGUCCCAUGUACCAGCCCCAGCCCUCGGCGGUACGCAUCGCCAUGACGGAGGAAGAAGAAAAAGAAGCUUCGGACGUUCUGAACGAGAACGCCUUGGUGAAGGUAGAGGACACGAAACUGGUCCUGUCCAAGAAAUUUAUGGAGCGGAUGUUGGAAGUCCGGAAGAAGACCAUGAGGCUGACCUUUCGCAAGGACGUCAUCGACCCCAAAAAGGGAGGUUGGCCGCGCGACUAUGCCGGGAGGAAGUGCGAAGAGAGAAGAAAUUCCGCCCUUUCCGUGGAAGAAACGUUCAGGCCCGCGGCCAACAAUCGCUGCGUUAGAAAUCCCGUGGUUUCGCUUUCUACCGUCUUCCAAGAAAUUUGGCAGAAAAUGAGAAACGUUCUCAACAGCAAUCCGUUUUGGUUUCCGGUGAAAUCCCACACGGCUCCAGACUACUACAAGAUCGUGUCGUCUCCCAUGGACCUUUCCAGGAUUAAACACAAGCUACAGGAGUUGGACUAUCGAAACAGAGAAGAAUUCCUCGACGACGUCUGUCAAAUAGUCAAGAACAGCAGCCUGUACAACGGAGAAUACGACGUUUUGACGUCGACGGCCAAAGAAAUGCUCAAGAUCUGCGUCGACGAAUUUCAAAAGAACGAAGAGCGUUUGAUGAGUCUGGAGGAGGCCAUCAAUCACGACUCGUUUAACGACAACGUCACCGCCCUGUCUUACAUCCUGACAGGCGUAGUCGAUAAACAUUUGAGGACCAUACCCGAAUGUUGGCCUUUUCUUCAACCCUGCAAUAAAAAGUACGUUCGAGAUCUGACUAACGGAGAAACUCCCAUGUGUUUGCAGAUAAUAAGCGAAAAUAUCAAGAAGCUGAAAUAUCGUAACGGAAGGGAAUUUUUCGAGGACGUGGAGAAGAUCUGGAAGGACAGUCGGGCCAUUAGAGGCGAAGACAGUCAAUUCACCAAGAAGGCCAAGGAGAUUGUCGACGCCUGCGCCCGGGCGCUCGAAAAGUACCGCGAGAAACUGCGCAAAGUGGAAGUCCCUGACGACCGGGAUGAGGAAAUCUCGGACUUUUACCCGGAAGGGCGGAAGGAAGGAGGAAACGAGUCGGAUCAAUUGGCCAGGGACUUGCACCUGUCGCCCGACAACUCUGAAGAGGAGGACGACGAUGAUUUCGACCCUCGGACCACCGAACUCCGGUCGGAAGUGGUCUUUUAGUUUCUCCCUUCGUCCGUCCCCGAUUCAAUUCUUUCCGGUUCGCAUCCGAAGGAGGAGAUGCGGUAGCGGAAGUUACCGGGUCGAUCCCGGCGUCACCCACAAUUCUUUCCGUCGACGGACUGGAAACUUUCGCGCGUGGUCUUUGGCGGAAUAAGGCGCGGAGAGCCGCCUGCUUUAAUUAAGCCCGAUAAGUUAUAGUUUUGAACGCGCCGGAUUUCGCCUCCCUCCCGUAAAACGGCCGCCGAAGAAAGGCGUCGUCGGUGGAAGAGAAGAAAGAAAAAAAAUGGGAUCGGAGCGUCACGUUACGCGUUUACGUCUUUUGUUAAAGAUUAGAAGCGGAAAAUAAAAUUAUUCUCCGCCGGAACCUUUGACUUAAUCUCGCGUAACGAACGGAAGGAGGAGGAGAAAGUCCAUUG